AUGGCCAACACCCGCAGCCACAGCGGCAACAUCCUCGACCGCCUGCCACCGGAGCUCCUGGCCGAGAUCCAUGGCCGCCUCGGCUUGGUCGACUGCUUCUCCUUCCUCGUGGCCUGCGGUGCGUCGUCGCGGCGGCACCUACUGCUCCUCAAACCGGAGCCGCCGUGCCUCCUCCUCCCCGGAUCGACUCCAGGAAUGUCGACGCUCUUCUCCCUCUCCGACCGGGGUGACGCCACCGCCCCCGCGGCGCCCGCCCCGGAUCCGUCAACCGUCGUGCUGGGCUCCUCGGCCGGGUGGCUCGUCACGGCCGGCGCCCGGGAGCAGCUGAUGAUGACCAACCCGGUCACCGGUGACCAGGUGGAUCUUCCGGCCAUCACCACGAUCCCUUUCAUUCGGAGGAAAGAAUCGACCCACUCGUUCCUCGUCGACGUGGAGCCCUUCCUGCAGAUGCGUCGUUUCUCCGGCGGCUCGCCAUUAAUCCGGCCAAAGGCUACGGCGUCGUCGUUGCCGGCCGAGCAGUUUCGCAGCUCGUUCUACCACAAGGUCGUCCUCUCCGGCUCCCCUCGAUCCGGCGAGGGCUACGUUGCCAUGCUCAUCUUGAACCGGCAAUACGGUGGUGCUCCGGCCUUCGCCACGGCGGAGCACAGCGCAUGGAGGUUGGCCCCGUUCCACGACACGGUCGAGGACGCGAUCUACCACGGGGGCCGGUUCUACUCCGUCACCUACUCCAGUGUGGUGGAGUCGUGGCACCGCCAUGGCGACACCGGCGAGUUCACCAGCAAGACAGUUGCGCCGAGGCUGGCUUGCCAGGACCAGUAUCACUACUACAAGCGCCACCGCAAGUACCUGGCGGCGGCACCGGACGGGAGGCUGAUGGCCGUGCACAAGCACCAGAGGUCCUGCGUCUUCACGGUGCAGGCGCUCGAUGAGGAGCGUGGGCAGUGGAAGGAGACCAAGGACAUCGGCGACGCGGCGUUGUUUGUCGGCGUGAACAGCUCGAUGUGCGUGCCGGCGGGGGAGCAUCAUCCGGGGAUCGUCAGGGCCGGGUGCGUCUACUUCACCAAUGACCAGCUCGAUCAGGCGUACCUGGAUUGGAACUUGUUGCGGCGCUACGGCUCCGCCAACAGUGGCUAUGGCGUGGAGCUGAGGGACCGGGACGUCGGUGUGCUCAGCCUCAAGGAUGGUAAGGUGGAGAAGCUGGUCGAUGGGCUAGGGCGGCGGCACCUGUUCUGGCCGCUGCCGGCGUGGUUCACACCAUCGAUUUCAUGA